AUGAAGAAUGCAAGAAAUUCGCCGACGACACGAUCUGUUACAGAAAGUGUUUAUGUCGCUGCUCGUUCUCGUCUUAUUCGCGCCAUUCGUGAACUGAAUGUUUUCUCUGAUCAUCCACUUUGGUCAUCAGCACUUACACAUGCUGAACAAAUACUUAAUACACGACUUUUUUUCUUUGUUCUUGUCAUCUCCAUUCUAACAAUCAUUGCGUACGCUAGCCUUCGUAUCCGAACACAUGACAUCACUCUCGAGAAUUUUUCUCUCGGUGAUUUCGAACGACUCGAAGCUCUUCAUCCACAUACGCUCAGUGCUCCUUGCACUCAGCUAUCGAUUCCAUAUAGCACAUUUGUUAAUCUCUCAUCCGAAUUUCAUCCGAUUUGUUCGAGUUUUUUCAUUAGUGACAAAUGGAUUUCGUCUCUUUUUCUCCCCAAUGCUACCGUUCAUCACCUCCUCGACUUUCGAACAUUUACUUUUGCGCAAUUUCGUGCACUUGCUCUACUUUGUCGUACAGCGCGUCGAGCUGUUAAGAGUGCUCAACAUACGUUUGCGUCGACUCAUCUCGUGACACAUCGGGCUUUCUCUCGUGCUGAAUUCAUACGAAUUAUGGAUGUCGUAUUCAAUAAUUUCAAACGGAAUACAAUAGUUAGCGAAAAACGAAUAGCAGCUUUGACCUCGUUAAGUAUAGUUGAAAAUCGAGUCAUUUCUGCACUAAGAACUAAUUAUUACAUUCAAUCGAAACCUGGUACACGUUCGUACUUAGCAAUUAACGGUGUCUAUGCUAGACAAAGUAUGACAAACAAGUCGAAUUGCUUCUGUCGACCAGCAGGAAACCGGUGUGUUAGUCCAGCUGGUAUUUUUGAUAAAUGGAUGCCACCGGAGACACUCAAUGCAACCCAAUCGAUAGCAAUGUCUCGUACGCAGAUUCCAGGUUUGAUGUCGGGCUGCCUUCCACUUGAAUCCAUGCGUCAAUCAACGCUUGAAUGUCUCUAUAACCAAUCGUGCAUCAAUAUUUUAAAUUUUCAAUUACAGCGACCUCGCCCGAAAGCAUUAAAAACUCCCCGUUCUAGAUUUCCAAUUAAUGCGACGAUUGAAUCCAUGUUUGACGAAUCCCUUUUUCUUGAAUCAUGGCAAAGCAAGCCGAAUUAUGAAGCAUACUUUGCUGCUUGUGCACCACGAACUCUUUCCUACAGUUACGUUGGUCCAGUUUCUCUAGCAACAAUCUUUACUGUAUGCGUAAGUGCUUUCGGUGGUCUUGUUAUUGCUUGGCAAUUGAUUAUGCCAGCUAUGAUUAAACUAUGGAAACGAAUCGUAUGGAACCGAAGACGACGGAAGCCUGUAGCAGCUCCGAACAAUCCAACCAGUAUUGAAGAAGCCAUCCUGAGCGUGGCACCAAGACCACUCAACGAAGCUGUCGUUGCCCACGCACAUCGCACGAUUUUUACAUUCAACUUGUUUUCACAAGAUGACGACAAUGAUCCUGAAGACGAACGUGCAGAGAUUAUUGCCACUCGCUUAUAUAUUCUAUUUUUACUGAUUGGUCUCAUUAUUCUGGGUUGUUAUACAUUUAUCACGACACAUACGAAUACCUACAAUUUUGAUUCGCCUUCAAUGGACGAUUUUGAAGAAUUACAUUUACAACAUUCAUCAGGAUUGGAAUGCCAAUGCACACAUAUGUCGAUAUCUCACGAGCGUGUGCUCACGAUUAUUCCUCGUUACCAUGAAAUAUGCACAAGUGAAUUUCUUCAAGAUUAUUGGCUGUCUUACUUUGGUGCGGUGCAACUUGAUGCAUUCGAACUUUCGUUUCUGACAAAUGAUUUUCGAGUUAGUGGUCAAUCGUUCUUUGAACUUCUAAAGAUAUUUUGUAAAACAACCAAUGAAACGAUUCAAAAUGCGCUUGACGUAUUCUAUUCGAAUAGAUUUUUCACAGCGAACGCCA